CACUAAAGCCCCUUCUCCGGCUUCUCUCUGCAACUUCUCUUCAAACCCAUCAGCGUUAUGCUUCGAUCCGAAACCCCGUUGAUUUGAUUAUCCAACAUGUCGGCCGCAUCCAGAGGCCUCAUUUCUGGUUUCAGAUUUCUCUCUAUUGGUCCGAGAACAUCCGCAAUAGUAGCUUCGUAUCAGUUCAGGAGAUUCGGGUCUGAGUCUCUGAUCGAUGAAGAGCCUCGGAUAAUCGUACCUAAGCCUGGAGUGAUGUCUCCCAAUUCCAAGAGGACUGGGGCUAUCGCUGUCAAGUGUGGGAUGAGUGCUCUCUGGGACAAAUGGGGUGCUAGGGUUCCCAUCACUGUGCUUUGGCUGGAUGAUAAUAUCGUUUCUCAAGUCAAGACCUUUGAGAAAGAGGGACUCAAUGCGUUACAGGUUGGUUGCGGGCAGAAAAAGGCCAAGCAUUUGACAAAACCCGAAGUGGGACAUUUUAGAGCUCAAGGUGUUCCCCUGAAGAGAAAAUUAAGGGAGUUUCCGGUAACCGAGGAUGCACUCCUCCCAGUUGGUACAACAAUUGGUGUACGCCAUUUUGUUCCGGGCCAAUAUGUUGAUGUAACAGGAAUCACAAGAGGGAAAGGUUUUCAGGGUGGGAUGAAAAGAUGGGGAUUUAAAGGAAUGCCAGCAUCUCAUGGUGCAUCGUUAUCACAUCGGAGUAUUGGUUCUACUGGUCAGAGGGAUGCUCCUGGGAAGGUGUUUAAAGGCAAAAAGAUGCCUGGUCGUAUGGGAGGGAAGCAGCGAACAGUUAAAAACGUAUGGGUCUACAAAAUAGAUCCUACAAGGAACUUGAUGUGGGUUAGAGGCCAGGUCCCAGGUGCUGAAGGGAACUUUGUGUUUAUAAAAGAUGCUGUUUACAAGAAACCUGAUGCUUCAAUACUUCCAUUCCCAACAUAUUUUCCUGCAGAAGAUGAGGAUCCAACAGUAUUGGAACCUAUUGUUGCUGAUCUUGGAGAUAUAGAUCCAUUUAUGGUGGCAGAUUAAUCAGUGGCUAAGUUUCAAAUCCCUAGAGAAGCUGGGUCAUCCUGCAUUUCAGCGAUUCUUUUUUGUACUUUGGACCAAUACAGAAAACGGCAGUUAGUGAUUUGAGAACCAGCUGAGGCUGUUAGAAUUUGAUUUAUGUCUCCUCUUUUUCUAUCAAUUUUAUUAGAAGACUGUAAUUCCAAAUAUUGAGUUGAUUCAAUCUCCAAAUUGGAAACAGGCUAACCAUCCUACCCUAGGGUUUUCAAAUAAAUCUGUAAAACAUGGAAUUUUGGUCUGUUGGUAUGUGGGUAAUGUUAAAAGAGUUUCAGAA